AUGUUCCAGAAAACCGAUUUCUUAUCCAAAAUAUUUUCGUCAUCCAGUCAUCCUCUCACAGGUUCACAAAACAUUGUGGUCAAAGACCCCCAAACACUAGAUUUCGCAAUGCAGUCACAAAACGAGAUAGUGUGCAGUUUGAGAGAGCGCAGUCACAUGAACACAAUGUCUUAUGCCCAGACUCAAAUGAUGGCUAUCGACGAAAUUCGAGCAUUUCAGAGUGAAGGUCAUUUACACUUAAAAUAUAUUUCUCUAAUUAUUGCUAUGAUGGCUGAGACUGCUGUUGUUACUUCGAGAAGCUGGUUUCCAUACUUUUCGUGUCCAUCGAAAAGUCAGCGGUUAGCUGAAGCAGAAGGACGGAUACUUUCAGCACUUGGCAUCAAAUAUCUGGCUAGACUUAUUCAGAUUCCAUUCAAAAACACUGAAAUCAGUACGAUAACUGUCAACUGUGAAAGUGAGCAGCCCAUUGUGAAGGCGAAAUAUCCGAUUGUCUUGAUUCAUGGAUUUGGAGCAGGAGUUGCGUUGUGGGGUUCUGCGAUCAAGCGUCUUGCUCAAUUUCAGACAGUUCACGCUUUUGAUCUACCAGGAUUCGGUAGAUCAUCUCGCCCCAAAUUCUCAUCAGACCCAGAAACUGCCGAAACUGAAAUGAUCGACUCAAUCGAACAAUGGAGAGAUAAAAUGAACUUGGAGAAGAUGAACCUGGUUGGUCAUUCAUUCGGAGGAUACCUAGCCACAUCCUACGCUCUGAAGUAUCCUAAAAGAGUCGAGAAUCUCAUACUUGCCGAUCCUUGGGGCUUCAAUGAGAUGGAUCCAGAAUUCGCGCAAAAACUCACUAGUCGUCAGAAAAACAUUUUUUGGGUCAUUCAACAGUUCAAUCCACUGGCGGUUCUGAGACUUGUUGGAGGAUAUGGACCAUCUCUCGUGAGACGUCUUCGUCCAGAUCUUGCACUGAAGUACUCUGAAGACGUGUAUGACUACAUUUACUUGGCAAACUCCAGGGAUCCAACGGGAGAAGAGGUUUUCAAGUGUUUAUCGGAAAACUUGGGAUGGGCUAAGCAACCAAUGAGCAAGAGGUUCCACGAACUUGACAACACCGUUCCAGUCACAUUUAUUCACGGAGAGCGCAGUUGGAUUGACUGGAGAACAACGAGAAGAUUGUUCGGAGAGCUCGAGCACGUCGAGUCACAUAUCAUGGACAGUGCUGGUCAUCAUGUCUACGCAGAUGAUGCCGACAAAUUUGUGCAACUCGUGAUAGGAUCUUUAAAGGACGGGAAGACGGGAGAGCUGGUGCCAGAGGAAGUGAACUUGGAAGAAGAAAUCGUGACACCGAUUUAGAAACUUUUUUGCAAAUGUUUAGUAGAAUCAGAUCAUUCAACAAACACUCACGGGUUACUGGAAAAUAAAAUUUCAUACUUACAAACUGAAGAUUAUUCUUGUUUUUUCUCAUGUAUUUUCAGACAAAGUUUUAAUAAACCGGCAAAUUUCCAAAA